AUGCCCUGGGAGACAAUUUUGCGUCACUUUCUUACCUUUCUCCAAAUUAGUUUCCUUUUCACUAUUACUUUUCUCAUCUUCAACUCCUAUAUUUCAAUCCCUGAAAGCAAACCCAAUGACAGCAAGAACCUGCUCAUUAACUUGUCACAGUGCAACGCCUGGGAAACGCACAAGAAAUGGAAGAGCCUGAACUUUACUAUUGCCAGAACUACAAAGCUUUUUCUGAAACUGGAGGAUUUUUUCUGGAAGGAGUAUGUGCCCUUGAAAGGAGCACGCUUACCAUAUAGCAUUGAAGGAAAUGAGUUGAUGCUGCUCAAAAUUCUUGCUGCAACUGCAAAUUAUGACAUGCCAGCCCACAUUGAAAACCUUGAAUGCAAAAGAUGUGUUGUGGUGGGAAAUAGUUAUGCCAUCAAAAACACUUCCUUGGGAAACACAAUUAACAAAUAUGAUGUUGUCAUUAGGUUAAAUAAUGCUCCGAUUAGGGGCUAUGAGGAGGAUGUGGGGAACAAGACCACCAUAAGGAUAUUCUACCCUGAGUCGGCCUCCCCUGACCCAGGGUUGAACAAUGAGGCGGACACACUAAUGGUCAUGGUGCCUUUUAAAUCACGGGAUCUUCGCUGGCUUAAAGAGAUCCUCUAUGACGAGAAAAGGGUAAGGAAAGAUUUUUCGAACCCCCCUACCCUAAUCUGGCUGGUGGACAGCAGUAAAGUGAGAGUGUUGGACCCACAUUUCAUGCAUCAGACUGCAAACAAAAUGCUUCACAUCCCUUUUCCACCAAAUAAGGGCCGGCGCUAUUUUCAUCCCACCACAGGGCUUCUUGCUGUGUUUGUGGCUCUCAAUUACUGUGAUGUGGUCCACCUAGCUGGAUUUGGUUACCCCCCAAGGAAGAACCUUCAGCAACCCAUACAUUACUUUGGGCAGCAUACUAUGAAAGCUAUGAUGCACUCUCCACACGAAAUUGGCCGUGAAGGCCAAGCCUUAACAAGGUUGGAAGAAAUAGGAGCCCUCAUGUAUCUGCACCCACACCUGUGACACACUUGCUGCUCCUUUUCAGCGGCCCCUAUUUCAUCUAAAAUAUCAAAUAUUUUAAAUUUGAAUGCACUAUAUGUUGGUUUUGGUUUGCUUUUAUGACCUUAAUUGAAUUUUCUUGCCUUGAAACUUACAGACUUUUUUUGUGAACAAAAAUACUUUGAAACAAAUUAAGGGUGGCCAAUAUGAAGGGUUUACUGUGAUACUAAAACCAAGCACUCUGUCUGACCUACAUUAUGACCUAUUAUGGCUGCUUUCCCAGUACAGCAUUUUAAUUAAAUUGUUGUUAAGUAGCAGCUUCUUUUUUCCCUAUACCUUGGAUUUGUGGAGUCUGUGGGACAUUUUUAAUUAAUUUUUUCAAGGGGUUACAAUGUUUAUACAGCUCUUUUGUUAAUGUCAUUUAAAACAGUGUAAUUAAAGUGUUACUCAAAGUACUUGUUUGCUGUUUUAAAACUUUACACACUAAAUGUCACAUUAAAAGACAAGUUAAGUAAAUCUACCGACCGACGAACUGACCUACCUACCUUCCUAUGUGAAGUCAAAAACUCAAGCUGACAGCUCUUAUUUUUUUCCAACAACUGGAAUUGUAAGUGACAAUGUGAUUGCAAAACGUGUUUCUUGUCAUUUGUUCAUUAACCGUUUAAAUAUUUCAAAUUAGGCUUUAGUCAUGUCUGAAGUUUAUUGUUUUUAUUUCAUUUAACUCUCUGCAGAU